AUGCCAGCCCCGGUACCACCUGAUACCAGCCCCGAUGCCAGCCCCGGAAGUAGUAUUAGGGCAGGUGAGCCACAUCAUACAUUAGAUGAAAUCCAGACAGGAAGUAGUAUUUCAGCAGGUGAGCUACAUCAUACAUUAGAUGAAAUCCAGACAGGAAGUAGUAUUUCAGCAGGUGAGCCACAUCAUACAUUAGAUGAAAUCCAGACAGGAAGUAGUAUUAGGGCAGGUGAGCCACAUCAUACAUUAGAUGAAAUCCAGACAGGAAGUAGUAUUAGGGCAGGUGAGCCACAUCAUACAUUAGAUGAAAUCCAGACAGGAAGUAGUAUUAGGGCAGGUGAGCCACAUCAUACAUUAGAUGAAAUCCAGACAGGAAGUAGUAUUAGGGCAGGUGAGCCACAUCAUACAUUAGAUGAAAUCCAGACAGGAAGUAGUAUUAGGGCAGGUGAGCCACAUCAUACAUUAGAUGAAAUCCAGACAGGAAGUAGUAUUAGGGCAGGUGAGCCACAUCAUACAUUAGAUGAAAUCCAGACAGGAAGUAGUAUUAGGGCAGGUGAGCCACAUCAUACAUUAGAUGAAAUCCAGACAGGAAGUAGUAUUAGGGCAGGUGAGCCACAUCAUACAUUAGAUGAAAUCCAGACAGGAAGUAGUAUUAGGGCAGGUGAGCCACAUCAUACAUUAGAUGAAAUCCAGACAGGAAGUAGUAUUAGGGCAGGUGAGCCACAUCAUACAUUAGAUGAAAUCCAGACAGGAAGUAGUAUUAGGGCAGGUGAGCCACAUCAUACAUUAGAUGAAAUCCAGACAGGAAGUAGUAUUAGGGCAGGUGAGCCACAUCAUACAUUAGAUGAAAUCCAGACAGGAAGUAGUAUUAGGGCAGGUGAGCCACAUCAUACAUUAGAUGAAAUCCAGACAGGAAGUAGUAUUAGGGCAGGUGAGCCACAUCAUACAUUAGAUGAAAUCCAGACAGGAAGUAGUAUUAGGGCAGGUGAGCCACAUCAUACAUUAGAUGAAAUCCAGACAGGAAGUAGUAUUAGGGCAGGUGAGCCACAUCAUACAUUAGAUGAAAUCCAGACAGGAAGUAGUAUUAGGGCAGGUGAGCCACAUCAUACAUUAGAUGAAAUCCAGACAGGAAGUAGUAUUAGGGCAGGUGAGCCACAUCAUACAUUAGAUGAAAUCCAGACAGGAAGUAGUAUUAGGGCAGGUGAGCCACAUCAUACAUUAGAUUGACAGAUGUAGCAAU